AUGGCGCCUCACGGUAUGCUCCCGACGCCCGCUAAGACGCCCCGGAAGCGCGCCCUCCAUACCGAGGACUCUCUGCGCCCCACUGCGCGUGUUCUGUUUGCGAACCGCCCGUCGACCGUUGAAGACGCCAUGCCCACUCCGCGUAGAGCCCACAAGAGCAUGAGGAAUGUGCUCGACUUGGACAGCUUCGAAGAGCAGAUGAGCACCUCUACCUCCAAGAUUGGCGUAUACGUAGAUUCGAAGGAGCGAGUUCCGGAUGAGCAGGACGGGGAAAACAACCCGUUCUUGACGCGUCGUGGCAAGGGCAAGGCAAAGGCGGCUCCGAAGAAGGAUCGCAAGGCGGACGAGAAGACGCGACAGAUCUUCGAGGCCGCUGCUCGUGACGAGGGCAUUGUCUACACACAUCGCGGCAAGACUAUCUUCCGCCAGUUCGACGAUGUCACUCGCUCCGGUGACACAGAGGCGGGUCCAUCAUCUGAAGAUGAGACGCGUCGCAAGGCGGAUCGCAACGGUGAUCGUCGUAUCACGCGCUCUGCCAUCAAGCCUAAGCUUCUCUUCAAGGAAGAGAUUGAGCGUCUCAAGCGGGAGAAUGGCGAAGAAGACGACGAGGAAGCACCCACCGAUAUUGAGCUUCCGAUUGCCACCCCGAGCCGCAAGACGCGUCAUGUCGACCCCUCAGCUUCCUCCCCCAAGGAUACUGCGCCCGUGACCAAGACCGUCAAGCGACGUAAGUACUGUCGACGCACACGUAACGUAUGA